AUGGGCGAGGAGCAGGGCGAAGAGGAGGAUCUGGAGGAGGAUGAGGAAGUGGAGCCCGCAAGUGCCAAGACCCAGCUGGUGAGUGCCCAUGUGGAGGCCGCGCUGAGGCAUCUGGGUGCAGCGUCGGCGCAUGGGCACAGCAAAGUGGAAGAGAUUCUGAGCAAGGCAGACGUUCCGCAAGACGCUUGGAGCGAAGUUUGCCAGGUCCUGACGCAGCUGGCGGCAGUGGGCGUUGCCGAGGUCAAGGAAGGCCCUGCGCGGCCAGCAACAAAAAAGCGGCAGAGGACCAAAUAG